UUAUCAGAGAGUGACCUGCUGCAUAUAAAUGAAAUUCAUUCCAUUUAUAUGCUGAACUAAAAAGGCUGCAUUUGUCAGUAUGUCUCAGCUCUGUGGAGGUUUUGCAGCAGCAGUUUCGUGCCCUCGAAAUCUUUGCAAGCAGUUCAUAAAAUAAAACAAAGGAUUUGUGUGACUUUUUCCUUUAUUCUGCUUUCUUGAAAAAUCUGUUAUUAAUGUAUCCUGACUCUUAUAACCACUCACUAUUUGAAUUGCUGAAGCAAGGACAUGAGAGAAGAUGGAUGUUUUGUCUGUGCUGUGCAACAGUCCAAAACAGCAUAUUGACAGUGCUUGUGAAAAAAAAAAGUUGAGUCAUAACUUAAAAGAGAAAAAAUCUCUUUGCCACCGUGUAGGCGGUGCAGGCACAAAGCAGCCACGUUAGAUUUUACGAACACACAACCCACUUUAACUUUUUGGCCAAAUUUGGAGCUGCCAAAAAAUCCUGCUCUUGUCAGUUAGUUCUAAAUAUUUUGUAAGAUUUUGGAAGAGUCCCAUUGGAAAAGAAAUACGUGUCUGCGUAGAGGCCUCUGCAUUUCAUGACAACAAACUGCUGAACGGUUUUUUUAGAGAUAUGUCUGACAGAUUUAUUUAAAUAUUUUUUAUUACAAGCCAACAGCUUAUAGGCCAACAAGUAAUUCAUAAUAAUUGAAAUUCCCGCAAACAUUUAUUUAUUUAUUUAUUUAUUUUUUGGUGGGGGCAAAUACGCAAGUCGUUUUUUGUCAUUACCCCAUGGCAGUGUCCUUGUGAUGCUGCUCCCAAGGGACCCGCGGAGGUUUAAAAUGACAGUUCACUUUUCUCUGCGCGCAGCUACACACAGACACACACACACCCGCCUCCUCAGAAGCGGCUCUCGGUUGGUCCACCAGCCGGUCAGUCUUCAUCCUUCCCUUGUGCUGGUGAUGUUGUGUGUGUGUGUGUGUGCGAGUCCCGAGUGGAGCAGCGGAGCUACUCGGACAGCGACAAUGAAGACGGUGACGGGAAUGAAGACGGCGCAGACGGGCUCAAACAUAUGACCGCCAUUCGUUCUCCCACCAAAACCAGCGAGCUUUGUGGUUUCUGCGCGGAUCCUUAAAACUUCCAAAGCCAAUUAGCGGUACCUAUUUUCGGCUUUUCAGUGGAUAUUUCAUCUUGCCCAUAAAUGGAGGUCCCUCAAAGGGAAAAACUGAGUUGAGGUCUUUCACGUUGUGCGUGUGCGAGACGCUGAACGGACCCUGCUGUUGCGUAAAGCCCCCGUGCUUCCAGUUUGGAGAGUUGGAGGAGAGCGGAGUGCUUCUCUUUGGUUAGGAUGAAUAACUCAAAGAAUCAAAGGGACAGCGACAUUCAGAAGAAGAUUGAUCAUGAGAUCCGAAUGCGUGAUGGAGCCUGCAAGCUGCUGGCUGCCUGCUCCCAAAAAGACCAGGCUUUGGAAGCGGCAAAGAGUCUACAGACAUGCAGCACCCGUAUCAUGGCCUACAUGUCAGAACUGCAGAGGAUGAAGGAGGCUCAGGUCAUGCAGAAAGCCACACGCAGAUCAUCAGAUGCAGGGCCGAUGGGCGACAGGCUCCCAUGUAAAGGAAAAGUCGCCAUCUCAGAUCUUCGGAUCCCUCUCAUGUGGAAAGACACGGAGUACUUCAAGAACAAAGGAGAGCUUCAUCGAUGUGCGGUGUUCUGCCUGUUGCAGCUGGGAGAAGAAAUCUUUGAUACAGACAUGGUGAUAGUAGACCGGACACUCACCGAUAUUUGCUUUGACAACACUAUCGUAUUUAGUGAAGCCAGCCCGGGUUUCGAGCUACGGGUUGAGUUGUAUAGCUGCUGCUCAGAGGAUGACUAUUCUGCAGGCAGCACACCAAGGAAACUGGCCAGCAAGCUGAGCUCUUCACUGGGUCGAUCAGCUGGGAAGAAACUCCGGGCAGCCAUGGAGCCUGGACCGUGUAGUCCCGUAAGCAACGGAGGGGGAGCCCCUCUCCUGCUGCCAGUUCCCUCUGUACCGGGCCCGAAGUACCACCUCUUAGCCCACACCACACUGUCACUGUCACACGUCCAGGACAGCUUUCGCACGCAUGACCUCAUCAUUUCAGGCAACGAAGAGUGUUCGUACUGGCUGCCACUCUAUGGUAGUAUGUGUUGCCGCCUCGCAGCUCAGCCUCACUGUAUGACCCAACAGAUGAUGAGCGGGUGCUUGAAAGUUAAGCAGCAGUGUGGAGGUGACCCUCAGAGUUGGACAAAAGUUCACGCCGUUCUCAAAGGAACAAACCUUUUCUGCUACUACCGGCAAGAAGAUGUGGAGGCUAACGUUGAGCCAGCUUUCACUAUUGGCAUCAACAAGGAGACCAGAAUACGUGCAUCAGAGAAAGACCCUCUCAGUAAAGUUCAGAAUAUCUGCAUCAGCAACCAUUACGGAGGGGAGGAGGUUACGCACACUGUGACCACAGACAGCCGCGAGGAGACACACCGCUGGAUGGAAGCCUUUUGGCAACAUUUCUACGAUAUGAGCCAGUGGAAACAAUGCUGUGAUGACUUAAUGAAAAUUGAACUUCCAUCGCCGCGAAAACCAGCUCCUAUCACACCGAAACAAGGCUCUUUGUAUCAUGAAAUGGUUAUUGAGUCAUCUGAUGACCUCAGCAGCAACGUGUCAGACAUCCUGGCUCGGAGAAUGCAGGAGCUGGAGCUCCGUAGCCAGCUAGGCACCUCUCCCACCUGGAUGUCUGCGUUUGAGGAGAGCAAUGCCAGAUGUACUGGCCGCUCUCGUCACUGUACUCGCAUGUCUGGCCACAGCCCCUGCACCCCUCAUCGACUGCCUCGGAGUCCUGUGAGUCCUCACCGCUGCCCACAGCUCGGCCUGCUGUCUUCAGACGCAAGUCUGACCUCAGAUAGCGACAGCCACUGUAGCACCAGUCCCUGCUCUCACCACCACGGCUGGCCUGAACCUACUUCCAGCUACUCUCUUUUGUCAUCUUCCCCCUCGCGUCUGAGGCCACGCACUCUUUCUUUGGAUGCUAAGCUCAGCACCCUUCGAGGGAGAGGGUACGGAGGUGGAGGGACCUUCCAGUGUUCCUGCCAGCCGCCUCCCUCGUCCCUGCUUGCUCCUCUCCCCAUCUCCAGUCGCUCCCCCCGGUCAAAGCACAGCACACAAACCACGCUAUCCUGCUCCAGCUCCACCUCAAGCAACAGCUCCAGCAACAGUGAGGGCAGCCACAGCCCAGAGUCAUCAGAGGGAGGCCCCUUCUCUAGGCCCUCCCCAGCUCGACGCAGCCUAAGAAACCUCAGGGCCAGACUUGAUCCUCGCAACUGGCUCCAGAGUCAGGUGUAAACUUCAUUUCUGACAGUGUUUUUUUGGGUUUUUUUGCUUGCCUAAAGGCAACAGUGCUUAUUAAACCAUGGUUUAAUUAGCUUAACACACGUGAACCAAACUCAGGCAAUCUGCGAUGCCACAUGCACAGCCCUGAGAAGGAUGCCUCCAGCCUGCCUCUUGGUGGAGGACGAGCCAUGGAAGACCCUUCUUGGGCGAACUGGAAUGUCUUCUAACACAAAAGACAUGUGACAAUCACUGCAGGAGUCUCUGACAUUUGCUUGGUUGCCACAGUGUUUCAAAACAGUCCAAAAGUAUUUGGGAGGUACUCUGCUUGCUUUGAGAAUUGAUGGUAAUGCUGCUUGGAAGAAGUUGAUGCUAACAGAUAAGGGCAUGCUCAAAUUCAUGCCACACUAGGUCUACUUUCUGUCUUUGAAAAUCUGAUUUUGAAACUGGAAAAAAUAAAAACAAAGUAAAAAAAAAAACACACAUUUUGAGUGGCCAGUGAUCCUGGCCACUCAAACAUGUCUGUUAAUGCACUAGUCGUAUUUUGACUGGAUGUUUCCUGUUAUGUUCAAAAAGUUUGCAGUGUUUGCAGUAUAGAAGCCAGUUAGCAUGAGGUAAUAUGAACACACCAGUCAAGAUUUUUCCAAUAUUAGAGACUGCUAUGUGUAGAGGUAAGGGUUAUUUGUCGCCUGUACUGUGAUACUUGUUUCAGUCUACUUAUUAUUCAUGCUAUUUGUGGGGUCUCCCAGAACGACUAUGCACCAUUUUUGUUUUCAUGCAUGUUUUGACUUGCAGUUAAAAUAUUUCUUCGUCAGAUCAUUUCAAAUGAUUCUGCAAGUGCUCAUACUUACUGUACUAGUUACGACUGUGAUCUCUUCAGGGUAAAAAAUCUGUGCUCUCCUCUUAUCUGCACACUAUUGACAGGCUGCCAUCAGACUAAGUAAUAGAUUUGUAAUAGAUAGUAUUACAUCACACAGUAAUAGAUCACACAGUGCAACUCCUAAGCAAACUGAUUUUAACCAAAGCUCAAUUAUUAUUGAAAACCCAAGCCAUACUAAUCUGCAGCAUUGUUUGUUUUCAGUUUCCAAUCCUGCCGUCCAGCGAUUUAUUAUCACGCAACAAAGAAAGAAAACUGAUUUAAUCUUGGCGAAAUUCUAAAAAAAACAUUCUAAAAAAAAAAAGUGUGCUUACAUGAACUCUAGUCAGUCACCUUUUUAAUGAUUUCUUAACACUGCCGCCAACUUCUUGUUACAUUUUUGCUAGUUAGACAGUCAGUGCAGUUUCUUCUUCUUACAGAAAACCUUAUAGGAGGGUUGGUGUUGUCAGUGCAGUAAAUCUUUGCCUCUUUUUUUCCCCGUUUCCGUGUUUAUUGUGGACUCUGGAAGCCGUUGCCCUCUUGGGGACUCAGAACUCGAAUCAUUUUUACUAAGAUCUGUCGUACGCUGAACGACAGCAUUUGUUACUGUAAAUUAAUUUUUAUAAGUUAACAAAUAAACCUCCUGUAUUUGGUUUUUUUUUUUUGUUACAUUACUGAAUUUGUUAUAAAUGCAGCUGUGUUGAUAUUUGAUGAUCAUAAUAUUAGAUAACGUGCAGAUCUUUUAACUGUCACAGAUAACAUUGAAUGUUAUAACCUUGGCGGAGUUUCCCGUGUUGGCAGGCUUCGUGUUCUGCAUGUAUGCCAUCCUCGGAGGUGAACUGAAAACGAGAGAUGUGGAAAUCUCGUGUUUAAAUAAUAUAACAUUAAAUAAAUGUUUUAUGAAUUAAAAA